CCUUUGUCAGUGUAUUUUCGGUCCCUCCUUGGUUGUAUCUAGCGAAUUCGAGGUUGUUCGGGGGUGGAAGAGUAAAUUUGGCAGGACCUUUUGCCUUCCUUGUAUAAACUAUUCGCCCCAUCCUCACCUACAAAAAGGACCAAGCACCGAAACAUCUUCACCUCUUCCGCACACAAAGAUCUGUUGGUUUCUUCGGUUUCAUCGAUCUCCUGUUUUCGUUGAUUUGUGGAUAAGGUCAAGGAAGGACAUGUGUGGCGGCCUCCGGAAAGUUUCUCCGCCGGCUGGCGAAGAUCCCAAGCAUCCGCCGGUGGCGGAGGAUGCUGCGCUGCUCCUAGAGCUUGCUGCUUCAGAUGACGUCGCUGCCUUCAAGCGGGCAGUGGAGGAGGGACGGCCGCUCGAUUCCUCCGCUCCCUGGUACGUUCGUUCUCCCGGCCGAGGUAUGGGAUACCAGCAGCGUACGCCGCUUAUGAUUGCGGCCCUCUAUGGUAGCACCGCCAUCAUCGACUACAUCCUCGCCGCACGUCCCGCUGAGGCUGCCCGGAGCGCUGCCUCCGACGGCACCACGGCUCUCCACUGCGCCGCUGCCGGCGGCUCCGCGGAUUCUCUCGAUGCCGUCAAGCUCCUGAUCGGCGCCUCAGGGGACGCCGUCGAUGCCCUCGAUGCGAGCGGCAACCGCCCUGGUGACGUCAUCGCCCGGCAGUUUUCGAACAGCGUGGCUAAAUCUCUCGAAGUUAUCCUAAAGGCCCCGUGUUGCCCUAGUGUCGCAUCGCCAAAUAAGGAAGAGACGGCUAAACAAGGAGAGAAGAAGGAAUAUCCGUUGGAUUUGACGCUACCCGACAUCAAGACCGGGAUUUACGGCACCGACGAGUUCCGGAUGUAUACUUUCAAGAUCAAGCCGUGCUCUCGGGCUUACUCCCACGAUUGGACGGAGUGCCCCUUUGUACAUCCUGGCGAGAACGCCCGGCGCCGAGAUCCGCGAAAGUUAUCGUAUAGCUGCGUUCCGUGCCCUGAGUUCCGCAAAGGAUCUUGCCGGAACGGCGAUUCCUGCGAGUACGCCCACGGCGUGUUCGAGAGUUGGCUCCACCCUGCUCAGUAUCGGACUCGGCUGUGCAAGGAUGAGACCGGCUGCAAUCGUCGGGUUUGCUUCUUCGCCCACAAACAAGAAGAACUUCGAUCCGUGAAUCCCUCGGCGGCAUCAGUUGGCGGAAUGGUGUUGCCCUCGUCGAGGUCGUCGUCGCCAGGCCUUUCUUCUCUGGACAUGGCCACGGCGUUCAUGAUGAUGCAGCAGCCCGGUUCUCCCAUGUCCCCCUCGGCUUCGUCAGCUUCAUCGCUGUGGAUGAACCCAACCGGCGGUGCCAUGACACCUCCAGCCUUGCAGUUGCCGAGCAGCAGACUGAAGGCUUCGCUGAGUGCCAGAGACAUGGAUUUCGACCUCGAUUUACUCGGAUUGGAAGGAUAUCAGCAGAAGCUCAUCGAUGAAAUCACCAGAACUUCGUCACCCCGUGCAAAUUGGGGCUCGAACAACCUAGCGGAAGCAUCUCGCUCUUCCGAACUCAGCGAUAUGUUGAGGCAUGUAGACCCAUCGCUGCUAACUCAGUUGCAGGGUCUCUCCAUGAGGCAGUCAGCUCCUCAAUACCAAUCCGCGCCUGGUCUCCAAAAGCACCAGUCGCAGUUGCUCUCUGGAAUCGGAGGCGGCCUUUCUUCUUCCCCGCCGGUGAACGCGACGUCAUCGUUUGGCCUCGACCCCUCCAUGGCGAAAGCCAUGAUGAACUCGAGGGCUUCUGCUUUCGCCAAGCGAAGCCAGAGCUUCAUCGAUCGUGGGACAUCUACCGGCCGCUCGUCUACCCUCUCCCCAAUCACUGCUCCACAUGCGGCCGACCUCACGGACUGGGGCUCGCCGGGCGGUAAGCUUGAUUGGGGCAUCCAAGAAGAGGAGUUGUCGAAGCUGAGGAAAUCUGCCUCCUUUGCCUUCCGUGGCAACCAAGCAGCCACCUUUGGAGGCGUCUCCGCCACAGCCGCUGCCACCCUGCCGUCCACGAUUGACGAACCGGACUUAUCCUGGGUGCAAUCUCUGGUAAAGGAUGCUCCUAUGGCACCAAUUGGACAGAGACUCUCCGCUGCCGGCGGUGAGCAGCAAAACGGCUACCAACUUAGCACCGGCGGUGAGCAGCAAAAUGGCUACCAACUUAGCACCGGUGGUGACGUCUUCUCUCCAUGGGCGGAGGAGAAGAUCAUGGCGUAAAGGAAUUCGUUGCCAUCAAUUCAACGACGAUGAAGAAUUACAAAAAUAUUUCAAUCUGACUAGUUCUUUUCUUCAUUAUAUCUUUUGAAUCCAGAUUAUAAUUUUUAGCAGGAACGCCUGGAAGAUGCCCGAAGGGAGUCUGAGCUUGUUAAUGGCGGCCUGCGAGUUCUUUCAUUCGUAUAUUAUAGCUUAAUUGCAUGGAUUAUAAAAAUCUGAAUAGGAUAUAUAUAUGAACAGGAAGAGAAUAACAGAGAUCUAAUCUCUCUUGUUUUAGAUCUUCGGAUCAUCUUUAACUUCAUGUCGUGCUUAUUUGUAAAUCUAUCAUUUGCUCCUAAUCUUACUAUUUGUGUACUAUUAUUCCC